AUCGUGUCUAUCAGGGUUCUACCGUGACUGACCUGAAGGCCCAACCAGAUCGUGGUUUUUCGGACCUCGGGGCUGUCCAGUUCGACCAAAAGCUUACCCGACCCAACGUAAGCACUAUGGUGUACUUAAAGCUAGGCACGUCAGGGAUAUCUACAGAGUUAAUACAGACACCUUAUGGAUCGAGUCUAAAAUGAUCAUGACUGUUUCAAAGCCUGACACUCUACGAAUCACGUCUGCCUCCGGAUCCGUGACCGACCGACGCCAUGGACUAGCGGAGCUUGCUCGGACAGAAGAUGUUCACUUCAUUGUGGGUGAUUGGAUGUCCGAGUACAAUAUGACUACUCGGGGUGGGGCAAAAAUUAAGAAUCAGCAAACAUCGGAGUUCGAACUUUCAUUUCUGGAAUCGAUCAAGCCCGCAUUGGUGGAUCUCGCGACGCGAAAGAUCAAGCUGGCGGUCAACGCAGGAGCCAGUGACACGAAGAAGCUGCAUGAUGUUCUCGUUACGUCGACCAGAGAAAAGAACCUUGAUCUCAAGGUGGCCUGGGUUGAGGGCGAUGAGGUUUCAGAUUUGCUUCACAAGGCCAUCCAGUCGGGGGAAGACUUUACCAAUCUCACAACCGGGAAGAAACUCACUGACUGGGAGUUUGAUCCAAUCUAUGCGCAAUGUUAUCUUGGAGCAUGGGGCAUUGUUGAAGCUUUCAACCAAGGAGCCGAUAUCGUUAUCUGUGGCAGAGUGACAGAUGCCUCCCCCACGAUUGCUUGUGCGGCCUAUCAUUACAAAUGGAGCCGACAAGACUUUGAUCAACUGGCCCAUGCCUUCGUAGCAGGCCAUUUGAUCGAAUGCUCCACAUACGUCACGGGCGGCAACUUCUCUGGCUUCAAGUCUCUGCCUGGACCUGGAGUUGAUAUAGGCUUUCCUAUUGCUGAGAUUAGUCCCGCAGGAGAUUUUGUGGUGACAAUACAGAGAGGCAAAGAUGGCAUGUUGACAGAGGAUACGUGCAAGGCUCAACUCCUGUACGAGAUUCAGGGUCCACUAUACUAUAAUCCUGAUGUCGUAGCUAUCUUGGACGAGAUAGUCAUCAAGCAACAGGGGCCAAAUCGUGUUCAUGUCUCCAAUGUCAAAAGUCUUCGGCCGCCACCAACAACGAAAAUUGGCAUCACAGCGCUCGGCGGCUUUCAAGCCGAAGUUCACUAUUUCCUUUGCGGUUUGGACAUCCAGGAAAAGGCCGCACUGCUUGAGAGGCAAAUCCGUCAUCUGCUCGACGAAUCUCAAUACCAUACUUUAAUCUUCCGAACAAGCGGAUCCUGUGCCUCGGACCCUUCUAGCCAGGAUGCGGCCACAGUUGAUGUGCGAAUUUUUGCUCAAUCACGAUCUGAAGAAGCCCUUGGGAUCACCAAUUUUUUCCAGCCCUGUACAGACACAAUCAUGCAGAGCUAUCCGGGGGCGACCUUUGCCGUGGACGCUCGCCAGGCCGCCCCAAAGCCUUACUACGAGUACUUCGUGUCCAUCUUUCCGCAAAGUCGGAUGCAUCACAUUUGCCAUCUUCCUUUUAGAGGCACCGAGACCCCAAUAGAUCACCCACGCGAUACUGUCCCAUUUUUAUAUGAACAGCCGUCGCAUGAGACCGCGGCUCCUUUUGAUAUGGCGGUGUUCGGACCCACCACCCGUGCCCCCCUGGGCUAUGUGGUACACGCUCGAUCCGGCGACAAAGGAUCUGAUGCCAACGUAGGCUUCUUUGUUCGCCAUGCCGACGAAUGGAAUUGGCUGCGGUCCUUAUUGAGCACGGAUAAGAUCCGAUCGUUGCUUGGCAAAGAUGAUGUGGGAAAUAAAAUCUUCCGCUUUGAGUUGCCGAAUAUCUGGGCCGUGCACUUCCUUUUGAAGGAUCACUUGGACCGCGGGGUGGCAUCAAGCUCUACUUACGACGUCUUGGGCAAGAAUGUAGCCGAGUAUCUUCGAUGCAAGUAUGUGGACAUCCCGGACAAAUUUCUGGCUCGCGGGCGCAUUUGAUGUGCCUGGUGUCUAUAUUCAAGAUUUGCCGGCGACAUGUAUUGCCCGAUAACAACAAUUCACGUACUGAAAAUUGCGAGAAGAGUCCACAAGACGCUCAUUUGGCUUGGGGCUUUGUUGCUCAAGCCCUUCUUCCAAAAUUAUGUGUAGUCGUUUGUAG